AAAAUGUAAAUCGAUUCGCAUUCUUCGUUUGGCCUCGCCUUCAGGCCCCAACAACAUCGGCGAUCUCAAAUGUUAGUACAAUGUUUCUCCUUUUUGGGUUCCUCAGUGUUUGUUUGUUGUUUUCCCCAGGUUGGUGUGAAUCGUAUAAAACUGGUCAGAACCGAUGCAAGAACCUUCAGUUCCCUUAGUUCUUCAAUCAGUGGCAGACACUCCCGAAAAGGAAACGUAACAUUUAAAAAAUAAGUCGGAAUUGCAAUGGUGAAACUGGUGAGCUUCGUUGCUCUCACGGCCGUUCUUGGCUGUUUUCUACCUGUAACGAAGGUUACAGCCACUUUCUGGGGCGAUUGGGGCAAAGCCGAAUACUGCCCCUUGGGUGAAUGGGUGAUUGGAUUUGCAUUGAAAACUGAGAAACCGCAAGGAGAGGGUGACGACACGGCACUCAACAGCAUUUCCCUGAAAUGUUCAGGGGGAAGUUUGAUUUACUCCACUCAAGCACCUUGGGGAGACUGGGGUAGCAAUUUUAUUUGCCCGGCCGGCAGUUGGCUCGAUUCAUGCCAACUUCGCGUUGAACCUAUGCAGGGAGACGGAGACGACAAGGCGGCCAACAAUUUAAACUGCAAGUGCAGCAACGGAGAGACGUUGAAUGGCGACGGGACCAGUUGGGGCGAUUGGAAGGAAUGGACCAGUCCGUGCCGCGACGGCUUCAUGGCUAUACGGACUCGAGUGGAAGAACCACAAGGAAGUGGAGACGACACGGCUCUCAACGACGUCGAGUUCAUUUGUUGGGAGAAGCGUGAUUCCAGAUAGACGCGUGAAAAAUUGGCUACGCUUUUUCCAGUCUUAUUUGCUGGGCGAUUCGCUAGUUCAUUUUAUUUUUCAGUUCUUCUAUUAUUGUUGUAGUAACACAAAUGUCAAUGGAUUAUCUUUG